AUGGUGAAGGUCGGUGUGAACGGAUUUGGCCGUAUCGGGCGCCUGGUUACCAGGGCUGCCUUCUCUUGUGACAAAGUGGACAUUGUUGCCAUCAACGACCCCUUCAUUGACCUCAACUACAUGGUCUACAUGUUCCAGUAUGACUCUACCCAUGGCAAGUUCAACGGCACAGUCAAGGCUGAGAAUGGGAAGCUUGUCAUCAACAGGAAGCCCAUCGCCAUCUUCCAAGAGCGAGAUCCCGCUAACAUAAAAUGGGGCGACGCUGGUGCUGAGUAUGUCGUGGAGUCUACUGGCAUCUUCACUACCAUGGAGAAGGCUGGGGCUCACCUGAAGGGUGAGGCCAAAAGGGUCAUCAUCUCCACCCCUUCCGCUGAUGCCCCCAUGUUUGUGAUGGGUGUGAACUACGAGAAAUAUGACAACUCCCUCAAGAUUGUCAGCAAUGCAUCCUGCACCACCAACUGCUUAGCCCCCCUGGCCAAGGUCAUCCAUGACAACUUUGGCAUCGUGGAAGGGCUCAUGACCACAGUCCAUGCCAUCAUUGCCACUCAGAAGACUGUGGAUGGCCCCUCUGGAAAGCUGUGGCGUGAUGGCCAUGGGGCAGCCCAGAACAUCAUCCCUGCAUCCACUGGUGCUGCCAAGGCUGUGGGCAAGGUCAUCCAAGAGCUGAACGGGAAGCUCACUGGCAUGGCCUUCUGUGUUCCUACCCCCAAUGUAUCCGUUGUGGAUCUGACAUGCCACCUGGAGAAACCUGCCAAGUGUGAUGACAUCAAGAAGGUUGUGAAGCAGGCAUCUGAGGGUCUACUAAAGGGCAUCCUGGGCUACACUGAGGACCAGGUUGUCUCCUGCAACUUCAACAGCAGCUCCCACUCUUCCACCUUUGAUGCUGGGGCUGGCAUUGCUCUCAACGACAACUUUGUAAAGCUCAUUUACUGAUAUGACAAUGAAUAUGGCUAAAGCAACAGGGUGGUGGAUCUCAUGGCCUACAUGGCUUACAAGGAGUAAGAAACCGUGGACCACCUACCCCAGCCCAGCAAGGAUACUGAGAGCAAGAGAGAGGCCCUCAGUUGCUGAGGAGUCCCCAUCCCAACUCAGGACCCAACACUGAGCAUCUCCCUCACAAUUCCAUCCCAGACCCCAUAAUAACAGGAGGGGCCUGGGGAGCCCACCCUUCUCUCUUGAAUAACAUCAAUAAAGUUCACUGCACCCUCAAAAAAAA